CGAGGAACCUGGAUGUACCGCCAAAAUUGAAACAGAAAGGAGUUAAUUUUUAUGUCAUUUAUUUUGUAAUCUGCUUUACAAAACCACAGUACUCUGUGUACAGAGUAGUCUACAAAUCUAUAGCGUCUAUAACGUCCUGAGAGCAUGAAUCCCUCUGAGCGUUUCUUUGCAAAGCUCCGAAAACUGACUGUUUAUCUGAAGACUGAAAGCAACAGUCUCCUGCAUGCAAGUCAGAACCUCAAAGAUGACGAAGAAGAUGAAGUGAAUGGGGCUCAAGCACUAUAUCAGCUACUCUCUGAAGUUAGAGCACUUAAACAGCAAGUUCAGGAUCAGGUGGCUACACAUGAUGCAUCGAGUACUGAGCUGAGGAGCUUCAUCAGAAAAUGUUUAGUGUUGAAGCAGAGGACCACAGAAGACAUUGACAGACUAAAGAAUCACUAUGAGAAAUAUGGCUACAGACCGCAAAAAUCAAGACCGGGAAAUACAGAGAUGCACAGUACAAAAGAGGAUGAGGAGCAAGCAGAGAGAGAGCUUGAAAAGACUGAUGAAGCACAGGAAGAUGAAGAGAUGGGACAAGUGAUUUGUGAAGAGGGCCAAGAAUCAGAGACACUAAAGAAGAUGCCGCCACCUUCUGUCGACCAGCUACGGACCCCAAAGCUCUCAGAUUUUGGCCUGUCUGCUCUCCAUUUUCAAAGAGUGGUUGGAGAAGCAGAGCCACCCCAGAGUAUCGGUCCUGUCCCAGCUGUUGCUCUGUCACCACCAACAUUUGUCAUGAACUUGCAGCUACCCCAGCAAGAGACACCAAUGUGCUCACUGCGUAUGGACAAGGAUGCACUGACCCCACGACUCGAGGACUUUGGCAUCUCCGAGGAUACUAUGUGCUGGAACAAUGAUUUCACCAUGGAUUUGUUCAGCAAGAAACCACCAAAGUCCAGCAGCAAAAAAACGGAGAAGGAUCAAAAACCCCCUCAUGCCUUUUCCACUGUGCCUAGCAAUGGAGUUGCCAAUGAGAAUUUGGAAUCCCCAGAGCCUCCUGUGUUUUGCACCCCAGGAUUUAAGAUUGAGAAACACAGGGUCCCAUCUUCUCCACCACUGGACAGACAGAAAAAUCUUGAUUCUCCUCCUCCUCCUAAUAACUGCCCUUCUACCCCAGAGUUCUCCACAUUUGAAACACCAUUUGUCAGCAAGCUCCUAAAAAAGCAGGCCAUAGAGGAAGAAAGUGGUAGGCCCAGGGGUUUACUGGAGGGCAGCUUUCUCCUACCAGAUGUCUCAAACAUGAACAGAGCUCCAUCGUUUGAUGUUUCAGAGAUGCCAAAAAUCUUCAGUUAUGGAGAGGCGGCCAUGCCCAAGAUGCCUACUCUGCACUCUCAUUUUGGGAGUUCUCUUGCUUCUAAACCUGCAUCAGGUGAAAUUCUCCCUGGGAAGAAGAUGGGGGCAGGUAAUGUGUUGGAACUGAAUCAUACCCCUGUCCCCUUGCUGGAGACUAAAGAUGGCCACAACCAGGAUUGGUGCCUUUCAACGCCAAAAAUGAGAACAAGGUUCCAUACAGAGCCAUGCACACCAGAGAUGCCGGAUAUAAGUUCUGUCACACAGGAUAUCUUAAAACUUGUGGCUCAGUGCUAGUCUUAAGUACCCACUACUGGAUCUGUGCUGCAGAGCUCAAACUAAGCCAUAAAAAAGUGGCACCAAGAGGAGAACUGCAGACAUUUGUCUGCUGCAUCAUCACCGCAGUCAUCCCCUUUUGUUCCACUGACAGUGUAUUUGAUUAAAACUUAAGUAGACGUUCUGAAAAAAAGAAAAUGGCAGUGGCUUGGUUAUAUGCAUGGAACUGACUGAAUUGGAAUUAAAUUGCAAAAUUCAUUACCAAGGAACUAUAUAAAUACCACUAUCUUGUUCCACUUAUGACUUUU